GGGCCACGCAGUCCGGAAGAGACGCUGCGCAGGCACGCCCCUUCCUUUCCAGCCUCCGUCCCGGAUCCUGCAGCCGCCGCGAUGUUGAUGCCCAAGAAGAACCGGAUUGCCAUCUAUGAGCUCCUUUUUAAGGAAGGAGUGAUGGUUGCCAAGAAGGAUGUCCAUAUGCCCAAACACCCUGAGCUGGCAGACAAGAACGUGCCCAACCUUCAUGUCAUGAAGGCCAUGCAGUCUCUGAAGUCUCGAGGCUACGUGAAGGAGCAGUUUGCCUGGAGACACUUCUAUUGGUACCUUACGAAUGAGGGCAUCCAGUAUCUCCGCGAUUAUCUCCACCUGCCUCCGGAGAUCGUGCCUGCCACCCUGCGCCGCAGUCGUCCCGAAACUGGCAGGCCUCGGCCCAAAGGGCCGGAGGGUGAGCGCCCGGCAAGAUUCACAAGAGGGGAGGCGGACAGAGACACCUACAGAAGGAGUGCUGUGCCCCCUGGUGCUGACAAGAAAGCCGAGGCUGGGGCUGGCUCAGCCACCGAGUUCCAGUUUAGAGGAGGCUUUGGUCGUGGACGGGGUCAGCCACCACAGUGAGCUUGAAGACUGUUGUUUGGAAUAAACUUUAAAGAAA